AUGGUCAGCAUGUCGAACGAGUACGUGAGCGACAGCUCCGAUAGCGAGCGCGAGGUGGAAGAGCGGUUCGAGGUGCCUGCCGGGUUCAAGCAGUGCAAGCACCUGAAGGACUUCAAGAAGCCCAAGGGCAGCAAGCAGGAGCUGUGGCUGAUGAAGCUCCCCAGCUCUGUGGACAUAGGGAAGCUGAAAAAGAUUCCGGUGGACUUUGCCGGGGACGCGCCAGCCAGCUUCUCGGUGGAUGGCAAGAAGUACGUUGUCAGGGAGGACCUGUCCCAGGAGGACGGGCCGGGCGGCAGUGCCAAGGCAAGUCGGUUUGCCGUGUUGGCCCCGCGCAGCAAGGACGUGCUGAAGGCGGACGCAAAGCUACAGAUCGCCAAGUUCUUUAACGUAAGCGAAAGCGUGGAGAUCCCGGCCAUCGACUACGAUCGCGUGCGGCAGCCCAGGAAGGAUGUCACCAAGGUGACCGGCCUGAAGACGCGCCACUUUGCGACUGGCUACGAUGCGGAGGACUUCGCCGACGCCGCAGCAGCAGAGCCGCCGAAGAAGAAGCACAGAAAGUCCGACGACAAAAAGGAGAAGAAGGAGAAGAAGGACAAGGAAAAGAAGAAGGAAAAGAAGGAGAAGAGAAAGCACAAGGACUAG